UUGAAAUACCUGCUUUAACGAAACAGAAAGUACUUAACGAACAGUUAAACAACAAAAAUGUCCAAUAUCCAUGAUGAUUCAGCACAGGGUGAUCAUCAACCCACACAAACAAGAGAAGAGUUUAAUUCAAAGACAUACCCAGAAGAUGUUAGUCAUGUUGGAAGAGCCUUGAUAAUUAACAAUGACGAUUUUCAAGGAGAUGGACUUAAUGCUAGACCUACAAAGCGUGAAAAUUCUGGCAAAGAUCUUGCAGAAGUUCAAAAAUUGUUGUUGAGCUUGGGAUUUAAAUCCAAGGAUAUUGCUACGCGGCUAAAUUUGACCAAACAGGAAAUGAUUGCAGAAAUAGAGAACAAAGCUAAACUGGAUUACACAAACUAUGGCUGUUUUCUUUGUGUGGUAAUGUCAUUUGGGGAGCCUGGCAUUAUCAUUUGCCCUGGUAAAAAUGGAAAGGAUGAACGAUGUGAACUGAAACAAAUUCAGGCACCAUUCACAGGAGACAAGUGCAGGAGUUUGGCAGUAAAACCAAAGAUCUAUUUCAUCAUGGGCAACAACAACUAUGAAGAAAUACAUGCAUCAGAGGGUGGUGAAGGAUCAAGGCCACAAGUAAAACUGGAAACUAGAAAAAUUCCACGGGAGUGUCACUUUGUCACUCAAUAUUCUUCUGACCAUGAUCAUGGGCAGUGGAAACUGGGUAAAAUGUCACCAUACAUCUCGUCAGUUGUGGAGGCAUUCAACACACAUGUUUUGAAGGGAUCAGAAGACAUGGAUAUAUUAAAACUGAUGACUAGAAUCAAUAAAUUAAUGGUUUAUAAACAUGAAGCAGAAACUCCACUGGUAACAUCACUACUAACAAAACGUUAUCACUUCAGACCAAAACCGACCGAAACCAUUCCCAGACCACAAUGAAACAAACUCUGCUUUGUUGACCGUUUAAAACACCUUACAAAUUGCAUGUUUGCCUUUAGAUUAAAAGUGCUGGAAUAUAUAAGUAUCUUUAUCAAUAAAGAAAUACUGAUUUUGCUUGUAAGAAACAUAAUGGAAAAACCAAUAUUCUAUCAAUAUAUUUAUUUAAUCAUGACCAAAGACCUAGCGGGCCAAACCACAACAGAUAUACAACAUCUAUUUUUACAAACCUGUAUCAUUAAAAAAUCUAUGCAUUAUCUUAUAAAUCGGCAGCAUUUUAUUUUUGAAUAUUGAAAUCAAAUACUGUUGAAUGAAUUUUCUAUGCUUUGGUAUUGAAACUAUGCAUCUUAUCAUCUUUACAAAGAGACUAUAUUAGAAUUUAGCAUUGAUGGUCCAUCAUAAUAUAUAUGUUUAGUAUUUCAAAGUAAAUGAUUGAUUGAUUUUUUUGUAUUUUCAACCAAACAUCAAUAUUGUGCCAGAAGCAGUGGGUGGCACCACUUGAAUACAUUGACAACAUGGACAAAUGCAAAAUGCAUGCAGUUCCUAAUGCAGAUUAUCAAAAAAAAAAAGUUCUUUUUUUUGUCUCUCUACAUUGAGAUCUUUAUAGAGAUUUUCCUCAGGAGCUCUUUAGUUUUGAAGCAAUUCUCAUAUAAAAAUAAUGCUGACCACUAGAAACACAUUUUGAAUUUGAACACAAAACAAACAGAUGUCAUCUGUGUAUAGAAUUUGUGAUAAAGAAUGUAAAUAAAUAAAGUCUUAUUGUUUUAUAUGAAACAAAAUGAGAUGUAUAAACAUACCUAUAGGACCUCAGAGGACAGUAUACCUAGUAUGCCGAAACAUGUCAACUAUUAAACAGUUUUAAUUCUUCCUACAGAUUUGUCUGGUCCUUUGUAUCUAUUGUAUGUUAAUUGUUCCAUAUUCAUUCUAAUUUUGAUAUAUAAUUUUGUACAGACAGGAUUUUUUAUCUUAGAAGCAUUCAUCAGUGGCAGGUAAUGAGUUUUAUUGAGCUUGAACAUGUGCACAUAAAUAUGGAAGUAUAAAAAUAGUCAUAGACUACUGUACUUGUGUUAAGUGCAUGUCAGCACUGCAUAUAUCUACCAGGGACUUGUGUUUAGAGUUUGUCAGCACCGCAUACAUCUGCAACGGACUUGUGUUAAGAGUUUGUCAGCACCGCAUACAUCUGCCAGGGACUUGUGUUUAGAGUUUGUCAGCACCGCAUACAUCUGCCAGGGACUUGUGUUAAGAGUUUGUCAGCACCGCAUACAUCUGCCACGGACUUGUGUUAAGUGUUUGUCAGUGCCACAUACAUCUGCCACGGACUUGUGUUAAGUAUUUGUCAGCACCGCAUACAUCUGCCAGGGACUUGUGUUUAGAGUUUGUCAGCACCGCAUACAUCUGCCAGGGACUUGUGCUAAGAGUUUGUCAGCACCUCAUGCAUUUGCCAUUUGUAUCCUUGCAGUGGCAUAUGUCAAUCUUUGACAAUUCUACCAAAAUUGAAUUUUUUUCAGAAGUCAUGAAAUUGAUAAUCAUGUUUUUUUUAUUAUAAAUUCUAUUUUCAAAGUGUUGUGGCCUUCCUCAAAAACGAAAAAAAAAAAACUUAUCGAAAAUAUUAUUAUGUACUGUGGGGAAGACAAUUUCUGACUCUUUGUUAGUUGGUUAUCAAUUUAACAUUAUUCUCCUGCUGAAUAUAUUAUUGUUGUUUAGGAUGUCACACAAUUAUAGUAUAUUUACUGCGAUAUGUAUGCUGAUACUGUGUUACAGGUCAAUUGAGAAAUGCGUAGUGAAUCUUAACAUUGUCGCUAUCUCACCUGAGUUUGCCAGGUCAACCUGAUAUUGGCCAUAUCAUGACCUGCUCAAUUGGAAAAAGGCUAGAAUCAUCCGAUAUUUCUUUGAUUUUUUUUAGAGCAUAAAAUUCAAUUUUGGAACUAAUAUAGUGGAAAUAAGGUUCAAACAUUACAUAGACCAUCAACUAAACAGUCAUAUAUAUAGAUGUGAGACCUAUACAAUAGAAUCAAUGACCAUUUAAAACACCCUGUCAUUCUUGAUUAUGGAGGUCAUGGACAGAUAUCGGAGGUUGUUGACAUUUGAUUUAAUUACGAAAGUUUGUAGACAAACCAACAAGUUGGUUGCUAGCAUAACAGUGAUAAUUUUGUUUCAAGUAUGAUAUAGAAAUAAUCAUUUUAAUGUUAUUUUUUUUUCAUUAAGACUAUCACAAAUGACUUAUGAAUUUUGAAUGUGUACAUUUCUGUUGUUUUGUCGUGUAUUAUGUAGUUUUUUUUUCACUAAGUGCCUAGAAAAUCCAUCUGAAUUAUUAUGGUGAAAUUAUCAAUUUUCGUGGAGAAUUUUUUUUAUUGAAUUUAUGGUAAAUCUUAAUCACAAAUUUAUGUCUUAAAGAAAUUCUGAACAGGUAGAAAUUGGCAUAAUUUAUAGUAUCAUUAGAUUUUGUGAAUAAGUUUUAAUUAUGAAAUCAAAGUUCCAACAAAAAUGCAUGUUAUUCUAAAUCUAUGACAUUUGAGCCCUACAAAAAUAUAUGAUUUUAUGAUAUGCAAAGUUUAUUCUGCAAAAUGCCCAGGGAAAUAAGAUAAUACAAUAUAACCCUAGCAGUUGGAGUAAAGCUUUUUGCAAUAUUUAUACUGAAGUCCAUACUUGCCAAUAUUUCAGUACCAAAAGAAACAUUCCAUUCAUCAUUAAGCCUGUUAGUCCUAUUCACACAGAGGUUGAUAUUUUAACAUAGUACAUCACCAGUAAUGUUAUAUUCCAGGCAACUCAUGGUUCAUACCUAAGACUAUUAAAGUGAUCAUAAAAAUGACACUAAUUAUAUUUUUGUAAAACUUUUACAAGGAAUACUGGUCCUUAUUUGGUCAAGGUGUUUCAAAUAAAAUGUUCCUAUAUGUAUGUGGCAGAGUCAAUAUGGGUUUGGAAAUAUUUAUCACUUACCUACUUACAGUCAAACCUGUCUGUAAAGGCCACCUUUAUAUAGAGAGGGAAAGUGAGCAUAACCCAUGUAAUAUCAAGGAAGAGUCUUGUUGAUAUCCGGUAAUGACUUGUAAGCUGGUAUUUUUCACCUUCAAAUGCUUUUAAUCAUUCCACUGUACAAAAAGUGUGAUAAUUUUGAAUCUAAAUCCAUCAAUAGGAUUUAAAAGCUUUUUAAAAGGAUUAACAGACUUUGUAUUCUGUUACUAGCUCAGCAAAUUGUAUGGAGGAACAUAUUGAACACUUUAUGAAUAUAGAAAACAUGCAUAAUUUGUUUCAUCAUUCUAUAACCAAAAAGAGAAGGAAAAGAAGUAUGAACUGGGAUGAUUAACAUACUUAUUUGAAGGCAUCAAAUGAAUUAAAAUUAUAUAUAUAUAUGUAUAUAAAUAACAGUGCUUUAAAUCCUUACAUUUUUUGUAGUUAUAACAUAACAACAGUUAAUCUUAAUUGAUUUACAUUCACGUGAAUUGUUCAUUUGAUUUAUGAAUUUAAAGAAGGUUGAUGAUUCUUACCUGCCGAGUAGUAUUUUGUAAUACUUUGUUACUGUAUAAUGUACAUAUGAAGUAUGGUUGAUGCAAGUAAACAAAUUAUAUAUACAGAA